AUAGAGCGCGUAAGUGCGCUAGGGAGGCUGUGCGUUCCAAUCGAAUAAAAACUGCGCAGUUCUCCUGUUCUCAACCUACAGCACCACUUUGAUUCAUACAAAAUACGGAUGCGUUUUCUUAUCGCUAGUGCUUGGCUUUUGGCAAGCAGGAUUACACCAAAUGUCGCAAACCUACUGUGGCGUGCACACGGAUUGGCAAUUCUAUCAACUGAGUUCGAGGUUUUACGAACUGUUAUUUCAUGAACACGUAAAUGAAAUGAUUAUCCACGAAAACCAGGACUGUCGGAGACUAUUUUUGGGACCAAACGUGUUGGUCGCUUGGUGGUUGUUAUCGGAUACGCACCUAAGAUGACUUGUACGAAGGCAGCUUGUACGAACGUUUUUGUCAUGCCUACGUGUGAGGUGGGUGCACGUGCAUAUCAUGCCUACGCGGAUUUUGGGAUGCACGUCCAAUGACAUAUCGGGGGAGCUGUACAGGUUGCGUGGCCGCACCGGCGGCUGUCACGGCGGAAAACGGAGGCAAUGAGCUAUCGAGAGAAGCAGAAGAGCACAGGGGAGGCGGUCACAGCUGCUGAAGGCUCUGGAUGCAAACAGCCCCCCAACAGCUGAUCCAUGGUCAGCUGACCUGGCCCUAAACCUAUCUGCGAGCUUUGUGAAAAUAUGUGAAGCCAACCUGGGAUCAGCGUAUGGAGUUAUCCUACAUGCUGCUGCAAGAGUUUGAAGGCAGAAAUGCCCAAGAGAGACUGGUAAACAUGAGGAAGGGGUGUCUUCUUCAGCAAGCAGCCAGUGGAGAUGGAAUGCGUCAGCUGCAGCCAAUCAGAGGCGACAGACAGUCAGCGGAGGUGUGGUGUGGUGGAGUGGACCUGAGUGGAUGAAAGGCUGACGGAACCCCAGCAACUCCAAUGAGGAUGAUGAUCGGCUGCUGGAGCUGAAUCCAGGCUGUGAAUGUUUGAGAGUGGUGGCAUAUCCUGGCCUAAGAAGUGAGGAUCUGAGUGACUUAACGGUAGAAAGGGAGAUAUCUGGGCAGACGACAAACAGAAGGACAGACAGUUUCCUGUCAGUGUUGGAGGUCCUCUGUGCUGCAGUGGAGGGCUGAAUGCAUCACCCUGCGGAGCAGUUUGGUGGGCGUGGCACACGGGACUCCGCCCCUUUGGACGUAUUGAACCAAGGACCAUGGGCUCCGAUAGGGGGGCGUGCAUGGGCCCCUCCUUCCUGGGGCUCUAGCACUGUCAAUCAAUCUCAGCUCCUCCCCCAGCGGCCUCCCAGCCACAUGACUGGUCCACACCAUCCCAGUAAACUGUAUCAUAAUGGGCUGCCAGCUCGGGGCGGGGACAAGCCUGACCCAGCAAAGGUGAUUGGACAGGGGUUGCCGUGGGAGCAGAGGCAGCCCCGCCCUUGGGACCAGCAGGGGCCGCAGCCGAAUGAUGUCAAACGGUGCUACCAGAACGGCAUGCGCCCCCAUCAGGAGUACAACACAGGAGGAGGAGUGCAUUCCGCUGCCCGAACCAACCCACCACAGAGAGGGUACGGGAGUCCUCAUCCAUAUCCCCGCCCCCAUGGCCCACCCCCUAGGGGUGAGGUUUGGAAUAACGAUCAGCAGCAGCCCAGGGGAUUCCCAGGGAAAAUGGGGGGACCCUUGAAACGCCCAGUACCCCCCCUUGGAGAACAGUUCAUCAUCCAGCAGGCCCCUCCCCCACGCCAUGCCCCGCCCCGCACCGAUGACUGCCCAAACCCCAAUAAGAGGAAGAGGAGCUGCAGCUCUGAGCAGGUCCAUAACCCUGGCAUGCAGCGAUUCUUUCCUCUAGGACACCCCCUUCCUCCCCCCCACCCCCACUCCCACUAUCCUCCCCCCACACCAGGAUCAUGGAACCCUCCAUACAAAGGGGGGGUGUCCUGGAUGCCACCUGACAGACAGAAUACUCCCCCAGAGUUCCAGGUCGACACGCCUGUCCAUCACAGACAUGCCUACACUCACAGAUCCCCCCUCUGUCCCCCCUCGCUGGUCUCCCCGCCCCCCCGGUCCUCUACAGUGUUCCCUCCAGGACGAAGCGGGCACACCUCCAGGCCCCCCCCUCCCCCGCCCCGCCUGCCCCACCCUUUCCAGCACAGCCGUGAUGUCCGAAACGGGCCCUCUGCUCGAGGGCCCGACGGGGGCAGGACCAGGCCAGCCCCCUCACCAGCAAACCAUACCGUGCCUUACAGCCAAACUCACCACCAGCCCCGCCCCGGGCGCUGCUCUCCCACUGUACCUCAGCACAGCCCCGCCCCUGAGGGCUGGAGAUUACAGAGCAAGCACACCCAGGAUUCUGGUUGCUAUGGGGCAGGGCUGAAAUCUCAGGGUCUGAAGCAGCAGCACAGAUUUGGGGAAGCCAGGGGCCCCGGGACCCCCCAACACACCAGCCACCCACCGCCCCCUUCCCGACCCAUCAACCCCCCCACCUUGGAGCCCCUCCACCAGCUCAGUCCAGUCCAUAGCAGUGAAGUCUCUCCCAGCAUUCCGGCCCCAGCUCACUCCCUAGGCUGCUCAGACACUGCAACUGCCAAAAGCCACCAGCAGGGGGCGCAAACCCAGCCAGUCCCCCCUCCGCAAUUCAAGCCCAUCUUGGGGCGCUCUGACUCCAUACCAAACUCCAGCUCCACCCCAGGGUCCAGAGUUCAAGGCUCAGGGGGAAAUGUCAUCACCAACAGGAGCUCCAAACCCCUCCCAUCACAGUCUGCAGCCACAAGCUCCUUCCCCACGCCAAUGUCCCCCCUGCCUUCCCCCAUUCCGGCUUACCCCAGACUCCGCCCCCAGCAGAACAUGGAGGAGGUGUUAGACAAGCUGGAUGCUGAGCUACAGGGACACCUGCAGGCUAAGGACAGGAGACGGAGAGAAGAAGAGAAUGGGGAGGAAGGAGAGAAGGAGGAAGAGAAGGAAGAGAUGGGGAGGGGGGAGAGCAAAAAUGAGGAGACGCCACAGCAGAAACGGCCCUGCCUUUCCUCUCUCUCCAGCUCUGCUGGCCCCCUCCUCUCAGCCGCGGACAGCUCCCAGCCACCCUCCCUCACCCCCCAGACGCCAUUCAAACAUGAGAGACAGAGGGAGAGGGGCAGGGCACCACACAGCACCUCCUCACAGAAUACCUCAGGAGCCACACCCCCUCCCCAGAGGGAGCCCCCCAAACUCUCCCCGACUGGCUCCUCAUUGGAGAAGAGCACUUCGUCUCCUGGCAGCGAUGUCACCGCCCCCUCCACCGCCGUUUGCAACGGUGGCGAGUCAUACCACGCCCCAUUCGAGGAGGAGCCCCCCGAGCUGGCUGCCAUGCUGUCAGCCGGUCUGGACUCCAUUAUGAAGAUGCUGGAUGUGUCCAUAAUGGAGGAGGGGGAGGGGCUGCCACAUCCUCUCCACUCCCCCACAAGGGCACCAGAGCUCCUCCCUGCGGUCUCGCCUCCCAGGAGGGACGAGCCCCCCGCCAGCCCCCCCACGCUGAGCCGGCAGGGCUCCCCAGCACCUUUGGUUUGUGUGGCGGACGAGAUGCCAAGCAGCCCCGCCCCAGCCCCGCCCCUUUUACCCUUUCUUAUUGAUCCCCAGGACGCCAAGCCAGGUGUGGCUGUUAAAUCUCACCUGAGCGGCCCCGCCCAGCUACACGGCCGUUCCGACCUGCCCAAAACAGAGGAGGAGGAGGAGGAAGAGGAGGCAGAGCGAGGACUGUGUGACCACACCCCGCCUCCUCAGAGGCCACACCUCCAGCAGACAGGUGUGAGCAGUGUGUUUAAAUCCCUGGCAUCUGUCAUGGAGCGUCAAAAAUACACCUACCGGGGGGGCCCCUUCGGACGGCCCCCUCCCAGCACCCCCCAGGGGACCAAAUACUCCUCUUCCCUCUCUCUCGGCCCAGAAAUCUGCAAGCAGGAUCAGACCACACCUCCUGUGUCUGGCCCCACCCAUUCUCCCACCCACAUCACCACAGAGCCACACCUGAAGCUAUGCCCUCACACCUCUUCUCCCAGGGCCAGCUCAGGAGGAGAGAAAAAGCAGCACUCUUCCUCUCUCUCCUCCUCCUCCUCCCCUCUUCCCUCACGUCCGCUGAAAACAGACGCGGCUUCCCUGCAGAAGCUCCCCUCCAUCUCUGUGGUGUCUCUGGCUGAACUGGGCCGCAGCUGCGAAGUCCUCCUGACGCGACACGCCAUUCCCGCCGAAGCUGACUGCCGUGUGCGGGCAGAGGAGGUAGAGGGGCGGCAGGCAGAGAGGGAGAGGGAGAGGAGGAGGACGCAGAAGCAGGCUGGCAGCGGCAGCAGGGACGAAAGGAAGGACAGGGGAAAGAGAGAAGCACUGUCACUCUGCUCUUCCUCCUCCACCUCCUCCUCCUCUUCCUCCCGCCCCGGCAGCAGCACGCACGCUAAGGAGAAGAACCCCCACAAGGAGCAGAGGAGCCGGCAGGUGCUGGGGAACCUGGACCUCCAGGGAAUCAGAGAGAAGGCACGUGCGGGGGACACAGAUGGCUGCGCACCACCCCGGGAGAACAGGGCAAGGGAGGAGGGGAGCGUGCACCCCGCGGGCGACGCGGAGGGAGGGGAGCAGGACGCCCGACCCAUCAGCAAACUGGGCACCGCCACCACGGCGACCCCGGCCCCACCAAGUGCACCCAGCAGGCCCCCCGCCCUGGGCGCGGCCGACUUCCUGAAGCUGAAGGCCCUGUCGGACGGCCCCCCCAAGGAGCUGAAGAUCCGGCUGAUCAAGGUGGAGAGCAGCAACCGGGAGACCUUCAUCGCCUCCGAGGUAGAGGAGAGGAGGAUCCCGCUGGGUGAGAUCAGCAUCAAGAACACGGCUGCCGAGGUGAUCCGAGCCUGCAGGGGGGCGAGGGUGCAGGGGAAGUUUCGGGAGUCUUACCUGCUUCCUGCGUUUUCCGUCAAACCCAUCCUGACCACAGAGCUGCCCAUCCCGCGAGAGAAGCUGAACCCGCCUACGCCCAGCAUCUACCUGGAGAGUAAAAGAGACGCCUUCUCACCUGUGCUGCUGCAGUUCUGCACAAACCCCAAGAACGCGGUCACUGUCAUAAGGGGCCUGGCAGGAUCUCUGCGCCUCAACCUAGGCCUGUUCUCCACUAAGUCUCUGGUGGAGGCCAACGGGGAGCACGCGGUGGAGGUGCGCACGCAGGUGCAGCAGCCGGCUGAUGAGAACUGGGACCCGAGUGGCUCCGCCCAGACCUGGCCGUGCGAGAGCAGCCGCUCCCACACCACCAUCGCCAAGUAUGCCCAGUACCAGGCCUCCAGCUUCCAGGAGAGCCUGCAGGAGGAAAAGGACAGCGAUGAUGAGGACGAUGAUGAAGAAGAGCGAGCACGGCCCCCCGAGACCGCAGCCACUACCGUCUCCUCCAACUCCACCCCCACCAGCACUCCCAGCUCGGAGCAGAAACAGAUUGGGAAGAUCAUCAAGUUCGGGACCAACAUUGACCUCUCUGACCCCAAAAGGUGGAAGCCACAGCUGCAGGAGCUGCUGAAGCUGCCUGCCUUCAUGCGCGUGUCGUCCAGCGGAAAUAUGCUGAGUCACGUGGGCCACACCAUCCUGGGCAUGAACACUGUGCAGCUCUACAUGAAGGUCCCAGGCAGCCGAACGCCAGGUCACCAGGAGAACAAUAACUUCUGUUCUGUGAACAUCAACAUCGGUCCCGGAGACUGCGAGUGGUUUGCCGUGCAUGAGAACUACUGGGAGGCCAUCAGCAACUUCUGUGAGAGGCACGGGGUGGACUACCUCACAGGCUCCUGGUGGCCGGUUCUGGAGGAUCUAUACCGGUCCAACAUCCCUGUGUACCGCUUCCUCCAGCGGCCGGGGGACCUGGUGUGGAUCAAUGCUGGCACAGUGCACUGGGUCCAGGCUGUGGGCUGGUGCAACAACAUCGCCUGGAACGUGGGGCCACUCAACUCCUAUCAGUACCAGCUGGCUCUGGAGCGCUUUGAGUGGAACGAGGUCAAGAAGGUCAAGUCCAUCGUCCCUAUGAUCCACGUGUCCUGGAACGUGGCUCGCACCAUCAAGAUCAGCGACCCCGACACAUACAAGAUGAUCAAGCACUGUCUCCUGCAGUCCAUCAAACAUAUACAGGUUUUGAGGGACCAGCUCGUGGCAGCCGGGAAGAAGAUCUCUUACCAAAGCCGUGUGAAGGACGAGCCGGCCUACUACUGCAACGAGUGUGAUGUAGAGGUGUUCAACCUGCUGUUCGUGACAAGUGAGAACGGCAGCAGGAAGACAUACGUGGUACACUGCGAGGACUGCGCACGUCUGCGCAGCCGAAACCUGUCUGGCGUGGUGGUACUUGAGCAGUACCGCAUGGAGGAGCUGAUGCACAUCUACGACACCUUCACCCUGGCUCCGCCCCCCAGCUCACGGUGAGAAGCCUCCCCCUCCCCCUCGCCUCCCGGCCGUAACCAAAGCGCCGGCACGCUGGCUCGACACAUCCUUCCUGUCCACUGUUUUGUAAUACUACUGCUUAUACUUGCUGAGCAGCCAAUCAAAACUGUUUACUCAAAAUUGUUUACAAUACAAUACCAUAUCAGCCAAUUAAACGCCAAUUUACUGUUGUCUUCCUUCUCUACCAGCUACAUAUUAGCUGACUGAGGAACUUGUCCACAGGAAUAGAAUGACUAGAAUGGAUUUACUGUUUUAAAGCGCUGAUCAACUGUAUGCAAGAGCUGUACUGGACAACAUGAAAACAGCCUUUACUGAAAUUCAGAAGGCUAAAGACUGUUUUUAUAGCUUGACUGAGAUGGAAGCUGCUGUAAUUUAUAAUAUCAGGAUGCCAUAUUAGGGACGUUUCCAUCCAAACCAAAUAUAACUUGUGACCAAGUAAUCAAGUAGAAUCUAGUAAUUCUAGCCUAUGGACCAAGGUCAUAGUACGUUGUUAUGGUAACGGCAUGGGAAUUACACCAUUGGCUGAGAGGGUUGGUUUUGGUGGCGUGUUUUUUGUUUUUCUUUGCUGGAGAAAAAACUGAAAUUUGUAAAUGCUGUUUGUAUUUUUCAUGAGGUGCUGUUUUUAUUUAUUUUAUUGUAAUUUUUGUGAAUAUAAACAGCCUAAAUGUAUACCACAUUGGCCUUGAAACGUAUUAAUGAAAAUACUAAUUAUAGGGGUGCGGAUGUUUUUUUUCUAGAGCAU